GCGAAGGUUGUUUCGGAGCAUUAGUCAAGAUGGCGGCACCUAAAGGAAAAAUGUGGCUUUAGUGGCGCGAGUUGCCUUACAUUAUAUCACAUCCUCUUUACGGUACACUUUAUAAAUAUAAAAAAAGAACAGAGAGUACUACAUAAUUAAUCGCGAAGGAUGAAGACGUUCUGUGGCCGAGCGAACCCGACCACCGGAGCUCUGGACUGGGUGGAAGAGAGUGAGGAGUACGAUUACCACCAGGAGAUCGCCAGGUCCUGCUAUGCCGACAUGCUGCACGACAAAGACCGGAAUGAGAAGUAUUACCGAGGCAUUCGGGCGGCCGUGGAAAGGGUGAAGGCGAGGGGAGAGCAGGCCGUGGUACUGGACAUUGGGACUGGGACUGGACUCCUGUCCAUGAUGGCAGUCAGUGCUGGAGCUGAUUACUGCUAUGCUGUAGAGCUUGAUUCCUGCUUCCAGGUCUUUAGACCAAUGGCUGAGGCAGCAGUUUGCAUUGUAGAAAGAAAUGGCUUCAGCAACAAAAUCAAGGUCAUCAACAAACACUCUACUGAGGUGACAGUGGGGCUAGGUGGCGACAUGGAGACCCGGGCCAACAUAUUAAUCACAGAAUUGUUUGACACUGAGCUGAUUGGGGAGGGAGCCUUGCCCAGCUACGAACAUGCCCACCUGCACCUGAUGCAGGAGGGCUGUGAGGCUGUGCCACACCGUGCUACUGUGUAUGCACAACUUGUGCAGGCGGACCAGCUGUGGAGCUGGGCCCAGUUGCAGCCCAUAGAGGUGACAGGUUUCAAGCUUCUGCCCCCACCUGCUGUGAGACGGUGUGCAGGAGCACCUUCUGUGUGUGACAUCCAGCUCAGCCAGGUGCCACCUGAGUCUUUUACCCCUCUGAGUCCCCUUUGUACCAUGUUCAGCAUGGAAUUCAGCAAACCAGUGAGCAGCACACCUCAGUCCCAUAGCUGCCGGUUUGUGGCCCAGGCCAGCGGACAGGCCCAGGUAGUUCUGUCCUGGUGGGACAUCGAUAUGGACCCCAAGGGCACCAUUGUGUGCACUUUGGCCCCCCGCUGGACCUAUGACAAUCCCCGGUGCUACCCUUGGCGCGAUCACUGGAUGCAGAGUGUUUACUUCCUACCUGCAGAAGAGAGAGUGAUGGAGGGUGAUGAGUGCAGUCUUACUGUUUCCCAUGAUGAUUACAGUUUGUGGUUCAGUCUGCAGCCUCACAGCCAGCAGAUCAGCGAGAAAGAGGCAGUGGUUUCUCGACCAUAUUGCACCUGCCAGGCACACCUGGUUUGGACACGGCCACGCUUCGGCGAGCUAAAUGAUACUCAGCGGACUGACUGCUACGUGCGUGCUCUGAGAAGCGUGUUGAAGGCAGAUAGUGUGUGUCUGGGAGUCAGUGAUGGGAGUCUCCUACCUAUCUUUGCUCACCUGCUGGGAGCCAACAAGGUGUACAGUCUAGAGAGUUCAGGACUGUCCAAACAGAUCAUAGAACAGGUGUUGGAGGCCAAUUCGCUGAAGGGGGCGCUGCAGGUUCUCUUGGUCCGACCAGAGCAGCUGACUACUGAUGAUUUGGGAGGCCAACAGGUUUCGGUGCUCAUGGGCGAGCCUUACUUCAGUACCAGCCUGCUGCCCUGGCACUCCCUGUUCUUCUGGUACAGCCGGACGGCCCUGGCCAGGCUGCUUCGGCCUGAUGCCGUCAUCUUGCCCCAAUGCGGGAUACUCUACAUUGUUGCUGUAGAGUUCCAGGACCUGUGGAGGAUUCGGGCCCCAUGUGGUACGUGUCAAGGGUUUGACGUACGACCCAUGGACAAAAUGAUCCAGCAAUCUCUGGACUUUCGAGAGUCUCGUGAAGCCGAGCCUCAUGCACUUUGGGAAUACCCAUGCCGAGCACUGACUCCACCCUAUCCUGUCAUGACCUUUGACUUUACCCAGCUGGUUCCCGAGGAGCCACUCAACAGCGAGGGAACUGUACCCUUCAUUAGGAGUGGUCUGUGCCAUGGUGUUGUCCUGUGGAUGGAAUAUCAGCUGACUGAUCACGUCACUGUCAGCACAGGCCUCAUGGGGCCAGUCACCGAGCAGGGCACUUGUCACUGGAGCCCCCACCGCAAACAAGGCGUGUACUUCUCCCCGUCACCCUGGGACAGUCCUGGAGACAGCCGAGCUGCUCUGUCUUACAGUCUCACCUUUGAGCCUAGUGUUGGAGACAUCAGGAUGGAUUUCUGUUCCACAAGCACUUUGUGAUGUUUGCUCUGUACAUUAAACACAACUGUACA